AGGAAGUUUCAGGCAGUUAAUCCGACGCCUCAUUCGUUCUUUCACUGAGCUGUCAACAUUUAAUUGUGAGGCGACUACAUUCGAUAUAAAAUAUAUAUAGCCAGCUAGCUAGCUAUACUUCUCUGCAACAACGUUUUUCUUUUUGAAAACAGCUGCUCUCGUCUUACUAUGACUCUCAGGUGAUCGUCAAAGAGUCCAGGUGGUUCUGCUGUGGCCUUGGUGACUUAUCUGCAGAAUGGAGAAGGAAGAACUGAAGAUUGUGAAUAAGGAUGAGGAGGAUGAGAUGGAGCUCCAGGGGUACCGUGUGUGUCGGUGGCGUGUGGCAGUGGUGAGCCUGGGGGUGCUGUGUACAGGGGGUUUCCUCCUGCUGCUGCUCUACUGGAUGCCAGAAUGGUGUGUGAAGGCCACCUGCACCCGGACCACCGUCAGAGAGGCCGAAGUGGUGCUGCUCCAAUCAACCGAUGACUUUAAGCGCUGGUUCCUGGCCAAGGUGCGUGUGAUGCUGGCCCCUGGAAGAAACCCCUUUGACAGCCUGGAGACCCAGACCACUCCCCCCAUGACCAAUGGACACUCCCCCCACCCCUCGGACGGCUUCACCCAGGAGUUAAUCAGGAAGUACGCAGAGUACCAACCCACUCAGAUUCGCUAUUUUACACUCCAUAGCACAAAGUACUACUGGAACGACGAGGUCCACAAUUUUGAAGUAUUAACGGGCCUGGAGGACCGGGAGGUGACCUGUUCCACCGUCCACUCAGAGCACAGCACGGGGCUCACCAGCAACCAGCAGGAGUACAGGAGACUGUUUUUCGGAGUGAAUGAAAUUGCAGUGAAAGUGCCUUCAGUUUUCAAGCUUCUAAUCAAAGAGGUCCUCAACCCUUUCUACAUCUUCCAGCUCUUCAGUGUGAUCCUGUGGAGCGCUGAUGAGUACUACUACUAUGCCGCAGCCAUCGUCUUUAUGUCGGUCAUUUCCAUAGCUACCUCGCUGUACACCAUCAAAAAGCAAUACGUCACGCUUCAUGACAUGGUGUCAGCACACAGUAUUGUCCGAGUUUCAGUCUGCAGAGCCAGCAACGACAUCGAGGAGGCCCUGUCCACUGACCUGGUGCCCGGCGACGUCAUGGUCAUCCCUAGCAAUGGGACCAUUAUGCCCUGCGACGCAGUGCUGAUCAGCGGCACCUGCAUCGUCAACGAGAGCAUGCUGACAGGCGAGAGUGUGCCAGUCACCAAGACUAACCUCCCCAACCCGGGCGAAGGGGACAAGGAGGGUGACGCAGCUUACAGCAUGGAGGAGCACAAGAGACACACCCUCUUCUGUGGCACGCACGUCAUACAGACCCGCUUCUACUCAGGGGAGCUGGUCAAGGCAGUGGUGGUCCGCACAGGUUUCAGCACAGCUAAGGGCCAGCUGGUGCGCUCCAUCCUGUACCCCAAGCCCACCGACUUUAAGCUGUACCGCGACGCCUACCUCUUCUUGCUGUGCCUGGUGGCUAUAGCUGGCAUUGGCUUUGUCUACUCCAUCGUCCUCAGCAUCAUGAACAAUGUGCCAGCCAAGACCAUCAUCAUUGAGUCCCUGGACAUAAUCACCAUCACUGUGCCCCCCGCGCUGCCCGCUGCCAUGACGGCGGGCAUUGUGUACGCCCAGCGCCGCCUCAAACGCAUCGGCAUCUUCUGCAUCAGCCCCCAGAGGAUCAACAUCUGUGGCCAGCUCAACCUGGUCUGCUUCGACAAGACAGGUACACUCACAGAGGAUGGAUUAGACCUGUGGGGAGUCCAGAGAGUGGAGAAGGGGACUUUCCACCUGUCAGAGGAGAAUGCCUACAAGGACACUCUGGUUAAGUCCCAGUUUGUAGCCUGCAUGGCCACCUGCCACUCUCUUACCAAUAUCGAUGGCAAGCUGUCCGGAGACCCUCUGGAUCUGAAGAUGUUCGAGGCCACAGGCUGGAUCCUGGAGGAGGCCACUGAAGAGGAGACCUCCCUCCACAACCGUAUCAUGCCCACCGUGGUGCGGCCCCCCAAGCAACUGAUGCCCCCCGAGCCCGUCAUGUCACCUGAACAGGACAUGGAGCUGUAUGACUUGUCGUCGGCCUAUGAGAUUGGUAUCGUACGUCAGUUCCCCUUCUCCUCGGCGCUGCAGAGGAUGUGUGUGGUGGCCCGUCUGCUGGGGGAGAAGCGCAUGGAUGCCUACCUCAAGGGGGCACCAGAGGUGGUGGCCAGCCUCUGCAAGAAAGACACUGUUCCAGAAGACUUUGCAGAGGUUCUGGAGGACUACACCAAGCAGGGCUUCCGGGUCAUCGCCCUGGCCCACCGCCGCCUGGAGUCCAAACUCACCUGGCACAGAGUACAGAACGUCAACAGGGAUCAGAUGGAGGCCAACAUGGAGUUCCUGGGGCUGAUCAUCAUGCAGAACAAGCUGAAGGCUGAGACCUCCGGGGUACUGCAGGACCUCCGCAGGGCACACAUCCGCACCGUCAUGGUCACUGGUGACAACAUGUUAACGGCCAUCUCGGUGGCUAGGGACUGUGGCAUGAUUCCCCCUCAGGACCAGGUCAUCAUCGCCGACGCGCUGCCCCCUAAAGAUGGCCAGGCGGCCAAGAUCAUUUGGCGCUACGCAGACAACCCCAGCAAACAUGUGGGCAAAGCACCACGCCUGGAGGAAGUACAGAUCAAUCUAGAGGAUGUGCAUCACACUCACAAGCCUCAGGACCAGUACCACUUUGCUAUGAGUGGCAAGUCCUUUGCUGUCAUCACUGAGCACUUUCAGGACCUGCUGCAAAAGUUGGUGCUGCAUGGCACUGUGUUUGCCAGAAUGGCCCCCGACCAGAAGACCGAGCUCAUUGAGGCACUGCAGAGUGUGGAUUAUUUUGUGGGCAUGUGUGGAGACGGCGCAAACGAUUGUGGUGCUUUGAAGAGGGCUCACGGUGGGAUCUCUCUCUCUGAGCUGGAGGCCUCUGUAGCCUCUCCCUUCACUUCCAGGACACCCAACAUCUCCUGUGUGCCUAGCCUCAUCAGAGAAGGGCGAGCGGCUCUCAUCACCUCCUUCUGUGUGUUCAAGUUCAUGGCCCUCUACAGCAUCAUCCAGUACAUCAGUGUCACCCUUCUCUACUCUAUCCUCAGUAACCUGGGAGACUUCCAGUUCCUCUUCAUCGACAUCGCAAUCAUCCUCCUCGUAGUCUUCACCAUGUCUCUGAACCCAGCGUGGAAGGAGCUGGUGUCGAGGCGUCCCCCCUCAGGUCUGAUCUCAGGCCCUCUGCUGUUUUCCGUGCUGACUCAGAUCCUCAUCUGUCUGGGCUUCCAGACGAUUGCCUUCCUCUGGGUCCGACACCAGGCCUGGUACCACAUCUGGACGCCACAGUCCAAUGCCUGCAACUCGUCCCUCCGUGCCAACUUGGGGCCAGAACACAACUCCUCAGAGGAGAGGGACGACCACAACAUCAAGAACUACGAGAACACCUCCCUGUUCUACGUCUCCUCCUUCCAGUACCUCAUCGUGGCCAUCGUCUUCUCCAAGGGGAAGCCCUUCAGACAGCCCAGUUACAAAAACUGGCCUUUUGUGGUGUCAUGUAUUGGCCUGUACAUAUUUAUGUUCUUCAUAAUGUUUUACCCUGUGUCUGCUAUCGAUGAAUUCCUAGAGAUUGUGUGUGUUCCGUUUGAAUGGAGAAUCACUCUGUUCUUCAUCAUCAUAGUCAAUGCAGCCGUGUCUGUAUUGGUGGAGACCCUCGUCCUUGACGUCGUCUUAUGGAAGCUUGUCUUCAGCCGAGACAAGCAGGGCGGCUAUGGCACCACCCAUGCCGCUCCAACAACACAGGGGGGCAUCGACCUCUGGGGAGCCAAGUGUCUGUCGUGGCUGUGCUGCCGCCGGAGGAAGGUACCCAAGGCGCGCUACAUGCACCUGGCCCAGGAGCUUAGCGUGGACCCCGACUGGCCCCCCAAACCCACCACCACCACCGAGGCCAAGCACCCACUGCCCGGCAACCCCUCUGAAAAUGGCUCCUACCAGAUAAUGGCCGACUCCUAGCACCCCCCCGGCCCACUCUUGGCUAAAGCAAAAACACACACUCCCGACCAAAAGGACAAAAAGAAACAGUGGUCCAUGUAAAGAACAAGGCGAAAGAUGGGGUGAUGGUAGAAAAGGAUUUUGGGGUGAAGAAAUGGUAGUGUGGAUCUCUCCAUGCUCUUUGCUGCUCAGAUCCAGCAUACUAUUCAGACCCUGGCUGGUCUACGUAACCCUCACCAACCAAACCCCUCAACCUGCCACCACCCCCUGGUAUACAAUGGUUUGUCUACUACACAAAUACACCCCCAGUAUGGUCUACUCUAUAUCCACCCCGCCUUCAGCUGGUCUACCUGCAGUCCAGGAGUCCAUGUUGUCCACAGGCUGGGUCCUGUGGCAGUCAGACCCCUGUGUCAUUAUUAUGAGUUUAAUCAUUGCCUCACUGCUUUUUAACCCUUGCAGAACUAUGCAGCGAACUGACGAAACUCCAAUCUUAGUCUUAAAACGGUAAUGAUUUUUACAAUUGUAAUUGGUGUUGCCGUGAUUCCUCCAUGAUCUCCAGACCUUCUCACAUUUUUGCUUUUGUUUGUAAGCAGCCACCAGCCAUCUCCACUAACAUGGUUAUCAUACAGGGCACUUGAAGCAUGGAUGUGCAUGAACCCAGCUCCGUUUAGCCAUUGUUAUAUGGUGGCAGCUCCGUUUAGCCAUUGUUAUAUGGUGGCAGCUCCGUUUAGCCAUUGUUAUAUGGUGGCAGCUCCGUUUAGCCAUUGUUAUAUGGUGGCAGCUCCGUUUAGCCAUUGUUAUAUGGUGGCAGCUCCGUUUAGCCAUUGUUAUAUGGUGGCAGCUCCAUUUAGCCAUUGUUAUAUGGUGGCAGCUCCAUUUAGCCAUUGUUAUAUGGUGGCAGCUCCAUUUAGCCAUUGUUAUAUGGUGGCAGCUCCAUUUAGCCAUUGUUAUAUGGUGGCAGCUCCAUUUAGCCAUUGUUAUAUGGUGGUUGGAAUACUACUGCUUACCCAACAGUACUGUAGUAUUAAUAUUGCUGAACAGGUACCAGAACCUUUUUGUAUUAUGAAACUAGGCAUAACAAGAGGCAGCAUGCAAAUGGCUUGGAAUCACGGGUAGCAGCAACCUACCCCCCCUGCAUGUAGAAACCAUCCAAAGGCGAAUAGACUUGCAAAAUCAUGUCAAACUGGCCUCACAUGGGCUAGCGUUGCUCCACAUGGAGAAGGUCUGUCUUUAAAAAAGAAAAAAAAUGAUAUAAUGGUGAAAGGUGAGGCAUUGUGAAAUUCAUUACCUAGCCGUAUGCGUGCGCUCUCUCCAUACAACCAUGCAACUGGCAAGAUACUGUACUACCAAUGUAUACUCCACUAAAGCCAUGGUAGCAUGAAUGUAUUGUAUUAGCAUUGCUCACUGCACAGUCAAGGGCUUAAAACUCAUUGUCCAUCAGAGGAGGCUGCUGUGUAGAGAUAUGGGAUGACGUGCUCAUUGUAAUGGCUCGAAUGGAUGAAUUAAUUUCAUUCCAACCAUUACAAGUCCGUCCUCCUAUAUCUCCGCCCACUAGCCACCAUUGUUAUCCAAAUUCGGAAAGAUACAAUACACACUCUGUCACUGUAUAUAUUUUCUCAACAGUUUAUUUCAUUACAGAAAAUGUUUGUUGUGCAUUGCUGUCCAGCCUCAUGAUGUGUUGUACAUGUCAUUUUCUGCCAGUCAGUCAUAAGCCAAUCUUUCUCCUCAUAGUAGCAGGUCGUCACAUAUCGUCAGAGAUCCUAGUUUGUGUUCAUCUGAUGUAAAUAUUUUAUUUGAUGACAUUCCAAAUGUGUGUCAGAAUUGCCGGAAUCACAAUACUGAGAGGUAUCGCUAAGAAUGCAAGUUCAAAUCUUUAAAUAUGAUGUAUUUACUUGGUGUUAAAGGUCAAUGCAGCUGUUUUUAUCUCAAUAUCAAAUCAUUUCUGGGUAACAAUUAAGUACCUGACUAACCAGGUUUACAUCCAACCUUUUUAUGAGAGUAAAGUACAUGUCGGAUAAAAAAUGUCAUGACAGGCCUGAUGGAAACCAUUUUUUCCCGGUAAACUCAGCAAAAAUAAUUAUGCGGAGGAAAUAGUAAUGCUUUUAUGAUAAUAGUAACUAUCAUAUCAAUGUGAACUUAGAGUCACGCAAUGAUGUGUAGUCCUCCCACUAAUACUCAUCAGGAAAGCAUGCAGUUUAUGUUACAGAUCUAAAUAAUUGAUGAUGAACUUCAAAGGGUGGUGAAAGUGCAAGUAGAUGCGCUUAAUUCUUUCCAGUAAAUAUCGAGGGUCUUAUUUUGGUGACAUAAUAAUUCAUCCUUGGCUGCAGUUUGACAAAUAAAAAUAGUCUUGCUCUUUUGUCCAUAAUAAUAAUCUAAUGUAGUCUAUAUGUGAGCUCUAAGCAAAAAUGGCUUCUUAGCAAAUAGCAAUUUUGCUGGGAGUGGUCCGAGUGGAGCGGGGAAAACUGAGAAUGAGCUAUUAUUGGCAGAGGUUUUGACCUCUUUCUUAUUGGUCUAUUAACUAAUUUACCACCUGGUGGAGUCACCAGACAGGCCAAAACUCCACCCCAACAGCUCUUACACAUUUUCACAAGUUCACAGUAUUAUUCCAACCUCAGUGUGAAAAUAUAAAACAGAAAAAUCUAGUUUUUGACUUCACUGGGCCAUUAAGGCAAAGUGUUAACUCGUUUUAUUUCUGCAUAAAUCACUUGUUUUAUUUUUCAGAUUGACAUUUCAAUUUCAGGAAUGACAACAACAGAUGUCCUAGUUAUACAUUAUUUGCAUGAUCAAACCUUUCAGAUCUCUACUAGACAUACACUAUCGUUCCAAGGUGUGGGGUCACUUAGAAAUGUCCUUGUUUUUGAAGGAAAAACACGUUUUUUUUGUCCAUUAAAACAACAUACAAUUGAUCAGAAAUACAGUGUCGACAUAGUUAAUGUUGUAAAUGACUAUUGUUGCUGCAAACAGCGGAUUCUUUUCAAAUGGAAUAUCUACAGAGGCCCAUUUUCAGCAACCAUCACUCCUGUGUUCCAAUGGCACAUUUUUAGCUAAUUGAAGUUAUAAUUUUAGAAGGAUAAUUGAUCAAUAAACCCUUUUGCAAUUAUGUUAGUACAGUUGAAGACUUGUUCUGAUUUUAAAGAAGCCUUUAAACUGGCCUUUAAGACUAGUUGAGUAUCUGGAGCAUCAGCAUUUGUGGGUUCGAUUACAGGCUCAAAAUGGCCAUAAACAAAUAAGUUGUUUUUUUUAAACUCAUCAGUCUAUUCCAUGCUAGAAAUUGCCAAGAAGAUCCUGCACAACGCUGUGUACUACUCCCUUCACAGAACAGCGCAAACUGUCUCUAACCAGAGUGGGAGGCCCCGGUACACAACUGAGCAAGUGGACAAGUACAUUAGUGUCUAGUUUGAGAAACAGAUGCCUCACAAGUCCUCAACUGGCAGCUUCAUUAAAUAGUAAUAAUAUAAUAAUAAUAUAUAAUAAUAUAAUAAAAUAGUACCCACAAAACACCAGUCUCAAUGUCAACAGUGAAGAGGUGACGCCGGGAUGCUGGCCUUCUAGGCAGAGUUCCUGUGUUCUUUUGCCUAUCUUAAUCUUUUCUUUUUAUUGGCCAUUCUGAAGUGGCUUUUUCUUUGCAGCUCUGCCUAGAAGGCCAGCAUCCCGGAGUCGCCACUUCGCUGUUGACGUUGAGACUGGUGUUUUGCGGAUACUAUUUUCUUUCAAAACAAGGACGUUUCUAAGUGACUCAACUUGAACGGUAGUGUAUAUUGUUCCUGAUAUUUGGAGUGUUGGUAAUAUGACACAGGUGAUUUUUGGAGUGUUGGUAAUAUGACACAGGUGAUUUUGGAGUGUUGGUAAUAUGACACAGGUGAUUUUGGAGUGUCGGUAAUAUGACACAGGUGAUUUUGGAGUGUUGGUAAUAUGACACAGGUGAUUUUUGGAGUGUUGGUAAUAUGACACAGGUGAUUUUUGGAGUGUUGGUAAUAUGACACAGGUGAUUUUGGAGUGUCGGUAAUAUGACACAGGUGAUUUUGGAGUGUCGGUAAUAUGACACAGGUGUAUAAAGAAUGCACAGUAGAGAGCACAUUCUCCAGGAAUAUCCAGCAAUUUUGGUCAUUGACAAUAUAUGACCAGGAACAAGAGUACAUCCUGUGACAAUUAACCUGUUUCUGCAAACCAACUUUAGAUUGAAUCCAUGACAGUUCUGCUUUUAGUAAAGGUAUAUUUACUCAAUGUUUUUGAAGAAUGAUUUACAUUGGUGUUGGUAUUUAAUUAUGUUGAGGGGAUCUUUCCUAAAUAUCUGUACGAGAUGCACAUUUUUAUUUUCAGAACAAAAUGUUCAAUUUUACAUUUAGUUAUUAAAAUUAAAAAUGUAAUUUUUGUUGAAUGAUUAUAGAGUAAAACACAUUUUAAAUGUUUAAGUGGUUGUAAACAAGUCAUGUUUCCAGAAAGUUCAAAAAGGCCCACCUCCAAAUCAGACUGGAACAUUAUGGACUUUUUAAUGUUAAUAAUACAAAGAAAAUUGGACUAGCUGUAUUUUUAAAAAUGUACAUUUACAGUAUGUGUUUUUAGAUAUACCUUCAAAAACAUUGUUUAGAUAUGUGCUUGAAAUAUGGAUAAUGCGCUUUUAUCGAAGGGCUGUAGUGGUGCUUUCUACUCUCGGUACUGUUUUGUCACAAUCAGUUGUUUGUACACUUUUUUUGUUGUUGUAAUGUUUGGAUUUCUUUCCAGUGUUUUGUCACUAUCAAUGUUAUGGAACAAGCGAUGCUAUGUGUUUAUCUUCCUGAAUCAGACAUGAGACCAUUGGGCAUUUCUAUAAUUAUUUAAGUCAAUGAUGUUGAGGUGCAAUUGUCUGAUACUACUAGGGCCCUCAAACUAAACUUUGGACCUCGAAGCCAGUUAGCCUUUUUCUUCUUCUUUCUCUCCAUUGUUCCCCUCUAAUCAGGGACUGAUUUUAGGUGUGUGCAAUUAAUGAUCAGGUAGAACAGAACCGGUAGGCGCCGGACCUCGUAGGGAAGAGGUGUCAAACUCAGUCUGUGGAGGGCCUAGUGUCUGCAGGUUUUAGUUUUUUUCCCAUUCAAUUAAGGCCUAGACAACCAGGUGAUGGGGAGUUUUAUUAGUUAGUGACCUUAAUUCAUAAAUCGAGUACAAGGGAGGAGCGCAAACCUGCAGACAAUGUUCUCUCUGAAAAGAGUUGGACACACUUUCGUAGGGUGAAAGUUAAAUACCCCUGCUAUAGGGCUUGUGACCUAACCAGGGAAAAACUGGGGCCUAGUUAUAUCUCUAAAGCAGGGAUGUCAAACCCAUUCCAUGUAGAGCCGAGGGUCUAAUGGUUUUUGUUUUUUCCUUUCAAUUUGUGUCCAAUUAAGACCUCGGCAGUUCCCAACUAAUCAAUAACCUUAAUUUAGCAAUCAAGUACAAGGAAGGAGUGAGAACAUGCAGACACUCAGCCCUCCAUGAAAUUAGUUUUGACGCCUGUGCUCUACGACCAAUAUCUAGUCGUGAGAAAUAUCUUCUCAGUGCUCACUGUAAACUGUUACCAUGAAUCUAAUGAUUGAAAUAAGGGAUUCUAUUAAUAUAUUGGCACCUCAGCUCGACAAACACUGUUUCUGGGCAGAAAUAUUCUGACCUUUUAGCUCAAUGUCCAUUUUCACUAGCACCUGUCACAUUAAACGUGUAAACCAUGCUUUGAGUUUUAUAUACGCUGUCUGUUUUUUUUUUUGUCAAAUCUCAAUGUUACAGGCUGAAUAAUGUGCAUUGCUGUGGAUAUUGCAACCGGUAUUCUCUCUCUUGUCUAGAAGGGAUAAUUUUGCUGCUAGGGGAAUGAUUCAGACUAACCUUAAUGCUUCAACUUUCAAUCAAUGAUGAUUACCCUAAAACUUGCAAAUAGUUAGUAUGCUUCCUCAUUUUCCCCUUCACUUACAAAGAAUCUGCUAAAUCAAAGCGAUUAAGUGUAUGUUGAAAUUCUUUUUUUUUAAGGUACAUUAUACCACCUGUUGACAUCUCUAAUCACCUGCUUUUUAUUUAAGUGUUUGAAACAAACCAUUAAGAGGCAUUUAGAACAUAUCUGACGCUGAGUCUGAUCUUCCAGUGGAAUUGUUUCCUCAGGGAAAUGUGUAUUUGUAACAAAUCAAGAAAUACAAUGAAGUUAGGUAAUUAACUGAAUUAAAAACAAUCCUGUUGGUAAACAUUUUAUUACAGUUCUAUUGUAUGUAGAUUGGAUUUGGUAGCACAACAAGCAAUCUCCCAAACUCAGAGGCUUCUCUGAAAAUUAAAAACUUUUGUAAACGUAAAUUACUUAGCAAAUUUUUGUACUUGUAAUUUAUUUGUAUUUAUUUGUAUUUCUUUACUUAGUAUUGUAUUUAAAAUUGUCUUUUGUUUUCUUUUCAAUAAAUGUGGUUGUCAAAUAAA